CAGAAACCAUAAGGUUGCAAGUUCGAUCCUUGGCCUGGGUUGGGGUUUCGGUGUUGCUGUGAGCUGUGGUGUAGGUCGAAGACGAGGCUCUGAUCUGGCGUUGCUAUGGCUGUGACAUAUGCUAGCAGCAACAGCUCCGAAUAGACCCCUAGCCUGGGAACCUCCAUAUGCUGUGGGUACAGCCCUAAAAAGACAAAAAAAAAAAAAAAAUGCACAAAGCAUAAUUCAUAAAAAGUACAGCCUAGUGAAUUAUCCCAAAUGGUCAUACCCCUGUAAAUACCACCCACAUCAAGAAAUAGAACCUUCUGGGAGUUGCCGUCGUGGCUCAGUGGUUAACGAAUCCGACUAGGAACCAUGGGGUUGUGGGUUCGGUCCCUGCCCUUGCUCAGUGGGUUAAGGAUCUGGCGUUGCCGUGAGCUGUGGUGUAGGUUGCAGAUGCGGCUCAGAUCCCGCCUUGCUGUGGCUCUGGCAUAGGCCAGUGGCUACAGCUCCGAUUCGACCCCUAGCCUGGGAACCUCCAUAUGCCGCAGGAGCAGCCCAAAGAAAUAGCAAAAAGACCAAAAAAAAAAAAAGAAAAGAAAAGAAAUAGAACCUUCUGGAGUUCCCUGGUGUCACUGCUGUGGCUUGGGUCAGUCUUACGGCAUGGUUUCCAUCCUUGGCCUGGGAACCUCUGCAUGCUGUGCACGCAGCCAAGAAAAAAAAAAAUAGAAUUUUACCAGCACUCCAGAAAUUCUCUUGCCUUCCCAAAUAUUGCCUCCUUCUCCUCCUCAAAGGGAAUCACUAUGUUUCUCACCAUAGAUUGAUUUUGCCUUUUAAUUUUAUUUAAUGGAAUCAUACAGUAGGCACCCUUUUGUGGCAUGAAGACUUUGUAGUCAGGGCUGCUCUGUCCAAAGAUGACAAGGACUGAGGAUUCCAUCAGGAGGAAGUGCAGCCCCCACCCUGCCCCCCAAAUAUGUAAGCACAGGAAGAACAGUCUAUCAUCUAUCAGAUAAGCAUUGGGACUGUCCGAUCCUGAAAUUCUUCUAUAAAAUUAUUCUAUUCCUUGGUUAAUUGGCUAAAGAGGUAUAUCCAACUACCCUUAUAUUAGUAACUUUUAGGGCACAUUAUAAAAGAAAUUUCCAUUUACUAUUUUGAAAGUAUAUAAUUCCAAGGGCAAUUAGUUAAUACCUAACAAAAUUUUAAAUGUUAAUACUUUUGGCCAACAAACCCACUUCUAGAAAUCCAUCCUCCAGAAAUACUUGCAACAACCCUGUACUGUGCCUCACUUCCCUCAUUUCUAGAAAGGGAUAAUUGCUCUUCAGUGGAUUGGUGUGAAGAUUAAAUUAGCGCGCCCGCUCCACGCCUCCUCCACUCCCCCACCGCGGCUUUCGCACAAACAAUGCCUGGUACUUAACUGUUAACUCGCCUUUGUUUUAGUACAUUAGGACUUUUUUUCAAAGACCAACUCUCAAAUUGACUCCUACCAAGUACAUUCCUCAGAGAAAUGAAACUAGAUUCGUGUUUGUCUAAGUGUGAUCUCUGGGAAGCUUGUUAAAAUUCGCCGAAUUGAAUAAUCGCGGAAGCACCCGAAUCCUGUGCUUUCAACAAAUGUUCCAGAUGCCUCACGUUUCAGGAAGUUCAGGCCGCCCUUGGCUGAAGGGCAGUGGAACCCGCCCGCCAGAUGGCGGCGCUCUUUCCGAGCCGUCUUGCCUCUGGAUCCCGGAAGGGCGGCUCUGUCAGCGCUGCGCUCGCCUCUCCCCUUCCGCUUCCGGUGACCCACCCACCCCCACCCCCCGCCCCACAGCCAUGGCUGCCGCCGCUGCCGCCGGCCCUGGGGCGUCCCUGUCCCCAGACGAAUUGCUUCCGAAAGGCGAUGCCGAGAAGCCUGAGGACGAGCUCGAGGAGGAAGACGACGACGAGCUAGAUGAGACCCUGUCGGAGAGACUGUGGGGUCUGACGGAGAUGUUCCCGGAGAGGGUCCGGUCCGCGGCUGGAGCCACUUUUGAUCUCUCCCUCUUCGUGGCUCAAAAAAUGUACAGGUUUUCUAGGGCAGCAUUGUGGAUUGGAACCACUUCCUUCAUGAUCCUGGUUCUUCCUGUCGUCUUUGAGACUGAGAAGUUGCAGAUGGAGCAACAGCAGCAACUGCAGCAACGGCAGAUACUUCUAGGGCCUAACACAGGGCUGUCAGGAGGAAUGCCUGGGGCUCUACCAUCACUUCCCGGAAAGAUCUAGAUUGUUACUGCCGUGUUUGACCUGUCUUGGUGGGAGAAAUUUGAAAAUUCAAUAGUGUUUGAACUGCUGAUUACUGGUUUUUUUUUUUUUUUUUUUUUAACUUUGGCACAUUGAUCCAUCUAAACCUGGUGGGGAGACUUCCCAUUGUCUUGUGGAGAGACUCCAAACUCGCAGCCAUGCACUCCAUGCUAUCCUGACUUAUUUUUUUCUGUCCUCACUCUGAUAGCAAGCAGAGUGCAGCACUGCAGAUGGUUACACCACCUCUGGCCAUCCCACCCCUUUCCCUAAAUUACUCUUGACCAAAAGAUUCCUCACUAUCCCAUUGUGGGGUAGGAACUAAUGACACUGGGAAGGGUGUACCCUGACCAGUAACAGCUAUUUGGUUUUUUAAGAGUGGAAUGCACACAAUAUAAAAUACAAAAUGCAUUACAGCUGUCCUGUAACGCAGCCACUGUGAAUUUCUACGUAUGUUGGAGGGAGGGCUGGCAGCAGCUUCAACCACAAGAUGGGGACUGUGGAGGACAAAGCAAGAGCUCAUUUCCUCUGCAUAUUUUGGCUGUUAGAUCUGUGUGUGUGUCUAAAAGAGAGGGGGGGAGAAAACUCAGUGCUCACUUUUUGUAUUUAAAUAUUAAAAUGAUCCCAACCAAAAGUGUCUUCCAA